GUGGAGUGUCGUCCGUGUCAAUUAAUCAGUUUUACACCACAAACCCCGGUUCGGUGUGUGGUGAUAGUUUUGUUGAAGUACAACUGCAACUGUAAACCAUCAUGGCAAGCCCAUUCGACGCUAUCAACCCGGAUGUCUACAAGGCGUACGUGUUCUGGUCGGCCGUAUUGGUGGCCAAGGUUUUGCUGAUGGCACCGCUGACCGCUAUGCAGAGGUUUAAGAACAAUGCCUUCGCGAAUCCGGAGGAUUCCAGUGCGGUAAGCAAGAAGCUGAAGCCAAAACUAGACGAUCCGGAUGUUGAGCGGGUGCGCAGGGCCCAUCUUAACGAUCUGGAGAAUAUUCUACCGUUCUUCGUCAUCGGUUUCCUGUACCUGCUGACCAAUCCGGCACCGUUCCUGGCGGUUAACCUCUUUCGAGUGGUGGCAGUCUCGCGGAUUUUGCAUACGCUCGUGUAUGCCGUCGUUGUCAUUCCACAGCCGGCACGUUUUCUCGCCUUCGUGGGUGGGAUGCUACCCAUCUCAUACAUGACACUGCAGACGAUACUGUACUUCAUGGUGUAACAGCACCUCAUCGGAUGCUGUACCUUCAAUGCAGUGGAAUAAAUUUUAACGGGCACUAAGGCUCUAGUUGGUAU